AUGACGACAACCACCACCACCUCCACCAUGACUACAACCACCACCACCACCACCAUGACCACAACCACCACCAUGACUACAACCACCACCAUGACUACAACCGCAACCACCAUCACCAUGACUACAACCACCACUAUGACUACAACCACCAUGACUACAACAGCCACCACCACCACCACGUCUACAACCACCACCAUGACUACAACCACCACCAUGACUACAACCACCACCACCACCAUGACUACAAACACCACCACCACCAUGACUACAACCACCACCAUCACCAUCACCAUGACUACAACCACCACCAUGACGACAACCACCACCACCACCAUCAUGACUACAACCACCACCAUGACGACAACCACCACCACCUCCACCAUGACUACAACCACCACCACCACCACCAUGACCACAACCACCACCAUGACUACAACCACCAUGACUACAACCGCCACCUUCACUAAGACUACAACCGCCACCUUCACUAAUACUACAACCGCCACCUUCACUAAGACUACAACCGCCACCUUCACUAAGGCUACAACCGCCACUUUCACUAAGACUUCAACCGCCACCUUCACUAAGACUUCAACCGCCACCUUCACUAAGACUACAACCGCCAUCUUCACUAAGACUACAACCGCCACCUUCACUAAGACUUCAACCGCCACCUUCACUAAGACUACAACCGCCACCUUCACUAAGACUUCAACCGCCUACUUCACUAAGACUACAACCGCCCUCUUCACUAAGACUACAACCAGAUAG